UGGCCGAACGGGAUCGACUUGCAUGCGUAUUUCGCUACGCGACGUUCCACGGUGCGAGUGCUGUUCGUAUUUUUCCAUUUGUCGCCUUUCUGCCCUUCGUGACCGUCUGCUUUUUGUGCGUGUCGACGCUCGUUGCCUGCGUCUAAGACGGCGCGUCCGGGCACAUCCCACCGGCUGCGGAAGUCCCGAAAAACCAGGCGUAUGCCCCCUCCGACCCUCGCUGCCCGCCCCAUUCGCCUGGCCGCUACACACGGAGAGUACGGUGGCUGCCUGUGCGUGUUCGACAGGAGGUAGGCAUGGAGGGUGUUCAGUGCGGCCGUUCCAAAUUGUCACGGGCCGUCACCUCAGCCCCGCUCGCAGCAAGGCAGCAGCGCAAGCUCGAGGACGAUGUCGCGAUCGACGGUGACCGAACGAGCGUGUGAGGUAACAACAUGGCGAGGAUGAACAGCCGCUACUUUAUGAGCGCUAUCGAGUGGAUCGUUGGUCGCAGGAGCGCGAUAGCCCGAGGAGGAGAGCACCGGCCGGAUGCACUGAGGAUCCUUCGGUAGGAAGCAAGCGGGCAAGACGCAUCGUAAUAGAGGAUCGGCGGCGAGCAGCGCGUCGACGAGGACGACGACGACGACAAAUCAUCAGGAACAACGACUAGGAUGGACGAGAUACGCGGUUCGCCAUCUCGCCGGCUGUCGCAAAUCAUCGAUCCGAUCACACGGUUCAACAGCGACUUCGGCUCCAACUCGGCGCCGUGCAGUCCACGGCUGGGUAGCCGCGUGCACGACGCGAGCAGUGGACCCGCCGGCCAACCGGGGCCCACCGCCGGGGGCAGCUCCGUCGGGAUCAGCGCCGCCGGCGCUCCAGCGUCAUCCCGAGCGGGCCCGAGUGGCGCCGCCGUCGCCGCGGCUACGCCCAGCGGGCCCGACAGCCCACGCUUGUGGCCGCGACAGCUUCGACAGGCACCUACGCCACCGCCACGACCUAGACACGCCGGUGCUGCCGCCACCACAGUCAUCUCCGCCGCCGUCACCGUCGCCAGCACCGUCAGCAGCUCGGCCAACGUCAAUAACAACAAUAACAAUAACAAUGUCCCGGUGGUGGCGGGUGGCGGCGAAGGCGGCGGCGGCGGCGGCAGCGCCUUGUCGAUGCACCCGAGGGACUCGCCCUACGUCAACGUGCCGAAUCUGUUCUUCCAGCGGGACAAGAGCUUCGCCGAAAGCGCCAGGAGCGCCGGCUACAUCGAGCUCCGGAGCGACAAGUGCGCCCCGUACGACUUCACGAGCGAGUCGAGCGGUCACAUGGAAUACGCCACCGAUAAGAGGACGUUCGUGUCGCAGUCAGACCUGGCCGCGCCCGUCGCGUGCUACGAAGCGAAUGACCCUGCCGGCCUCUGCAGGGUGAGGUCGAACUUCGAUCCCGGACCCUCCGGUAGGGGUCACUUCGACAGGGCUUUCUCGUUCUCCGGCAGGCAGCCGGAGCAACCGGCGCCACGGAUAUAUGAAGCCAGUCGAUUGUUCGUCGAUCAGAGACCUGUGGCCGGCGGCAUCGACAGCAAGAGGGAGAAACUGGACGUCAGGCCCGGCUACGCCACGUCCAAGAGCUUCGAUGGCUACACCACGACCGUGGAGGAGCUCAACUGGCAGGAGAGGUGUCUGGAGCUGCAGCUGGAGCUACACAGGAGCAGGAGCCAGGCAACCAGGGUCAGGGACAUGCUCCGCGAGAAGCUCUCCGAACUCGAGCAGCGAGUAUUAGAAGCGGAGGGCAGGGCCGAUGAAGCAGAGGACAAGGUACGGAUGAUGGAGGAGCGGCUGGUGAAGGGUGAAUACUGCCUAAGCACAUCCGGCGUCAGUUCUCCGCCGCAUUCGCUACCGUCCACCUCCGGUACGCAGAAUGACAAGAUCGAGGACGUCCAUUGUGCCUGCAUCUCCAAGUUAGAGACGCAAGUUGAAGAGCAGAGACAAUUACGGCUGCAAGACGCCAGGCAGGUGGAGGCGAAAGCAGCGAGGAUAAAGGAAUGGGUCACUAACAAGCUGAGAGAACUAGAACAACAGAAUCAACACCUGAGAGAACAAAACAACAAGUGUAACCAGCAGCUCGAGCUGUUGCGCAAUCAUAUCACCAACAUCGGACUCAAACCACCCGCACCAACGAGAGCAUCGCUGUCUCUGGAAGUAGACCCCACCUUGCGUAGACGAUCCGAGAGCCUGGAAGGCACGCCGCAGACGGUGCCAGAGUGCGUGCAGAAUAUCGUGACGGAACCGCAAACGGCCACGAAGCAUCGGAGGCAUUUGUCCGCUUGCGGCACCAUUCAGCGAGGGAUCCCGACCAGCAACAUGGACUCGAGUCUGUUGUCCGAGGAGCUGGCCGCCGCGGUGGAGAACUUGGUGAUGUUGCCGAACAUACCCGGUGUCUCGGACAUGAACAGGGACAGCGGGAGCUCGGAAACGGUGCACGACUACGCCGAGAUCUACACGCCCAGCAGAGAGGGCAUGAACUGGCUGCAGGGUGGAGGCCAAGGCCCCCGGCCGCCGACUCCGCCUUUGCACAGAUUCCCCAGCUGGGAGGCGAAGAUAUAUCAGGUGGCAGACGGCGGCCUUGGCAUCGGUCCACCGUCAAACGAGGAAUCCGCGCCAUCCACGAUGACUAACACGACCAGCUCGUCGAAGCAUUCCCAGGUGACGGGGCAUAAUUUGACAGCGCACAACUCUCAAGGCUACUGCGAUAUUUCGGUUCCAGUGUACGCGACUGUCAAAGGACGCGCUAGUCAAAUCAGAUCGAUGCCCUUUGGCGACAGCUCCGACGACAGCUCGGACGGAGAAGAACAUCCUAAUCAGACCGAGACCAACACCAGAAUCACCAACAGUUCGUCCGAUAACACGGAUUCUUCCCUCGGCAGCGGAAGCAGCCCAUCGAAGAGCAUCAAAACCACCAGCAGUCUUAGCCCCGCGAAGAGAAGCUCCAGCGGUUCCCCUAGUAAAAGCGUAAAACGUGACACUUCUCUCGAGUCAGGCUUGUCCGAGGAUUAUGCGAUACCUCCUGAUGCGCUCAGCUCGACGUCUCUGGAAUCUAGCAUGCCUAGUCUGCUGAUGCGUGUAUCCGGCGAAAGUCCAAAGCGACAAGAAUCAUUGGAGAAGACAGGUCACCUAGCGAAACUGGGCGGCAAGUUGAAGACUUGGCGAAAACGGUGGUUCGUCCUGAAGAACGGCGUGUUAACUUACUGGAAGAGUCAAAACGAUGUCAAUCGGAAACCUCAGGGCCAAAUAAUCUUGGAUGAAGUAUGCAGGAUCAAUAGAGCCGAGGGUGCUGCUACUUUUGAAAUAGCCACCGGUAAAAAGACUUAUUACCUAACUGCGGACUGCAUCGCCACGAUGGAGGAUUGGAUAAGAGUACUGCAGAACGUACAAAGGCGAAACGCAACGAAACUUUUACUCAGCAAGGAGGACAACAAGCCGACGAUACAAGGUUGGCUGACAAAGGUGAAGAAUGGCCACGCGAAGAAAUGUUGGUGCGUGCUCAUCGGCAAAAUGUUCCUGUAUUUUAAAUGUCCCAGCGAUACGAACCCUAUCGGCCAAAUCAACAUGAGGGACGCUCGCGUGGAGGAGGUGGAACACGUGUCGGACAGCGACAGCGAAGAAAGGGACGCCGAGUGUCCGCACGAAAGAACAAUCGGUAUCUUCCCGACGCAUCAAGGCCCGACGUAUUUGCUGAUGCCACACAAGCAGGAUAAAGACAACUGGCUGUAUCACCUGACGGUGGUCUCCGGCGGCGGACCAAGCGCGGGAACGCAGUAUGAGCAGCUGGUACAGAGACUGAUGGAAACCGACGGGGACCCCACCUGCGUGCUGUGGCGGCAUCCUUUGCUGCUGCACACGAAAGAGAAUAUCACUAGCCCGCUAACGAGCCUGACCUCCGAGUCCCUGCAGACCGAGGCUAUAAAGCUUUUUAAGGCUUGUCAGCUGUUUAUGUCGGUGGCAGUAGAGCAAGCAGGUAUCGACUACCACGUGGUUCUGGCACAAAACGCACUGCAACAGUGCCUAGACCAGCCUGAACUUCAGUCUGAAUUCAUAUGCGCACUGGUAAAGCAGACAAGUCGUCACACGCAACACCGUUUGGGCGUACAGGUAAAAAAGGCCGCCAGACUUGUGUCACUGGGUACUGCGCGCGUUCAGCUCCUCCUCUGCGCCACGCAAUCGCUCUUCACCUGCGAUACGCAAAGUCCCGCGGCAAAUGGCAGCGGUGAAAAUGCGGACGCGCAAUCAACGGCCUCGACUUCUCACAGUCCUCCGCUCACGCAGGGCCACUCGACCUCCACAAUCCUGGACUGCAAAACUAACCCCGCGCAGUACGUGCUUAUCCAGGGAUGGCAGCUGUUGGCGCUUGCCGUCUCCCUCUUCCUGCCGAGGAACAAUCGGCUACUGUGGUACCUGAAGCUGCACCUGCAGAGGAACGCCGACAGCAAAACGGAGUGUGGCAAGUAUGCGGCCUACUGCGAGAGAGCUUUGGAGAGAACGUUGCAGAACGGCAGCAGAGAAGUGAAACCGUCGAGGAUGGAGGUGCUGUCCAUACUGAUGAAAAAUCCGUAUCACCAUUCUCUACCGCAUGCCAUACCGGUGCACUUCCUCAACGGCACGUAUCAAGUCGUAAGCUUCGACGGCAGCACCACGAUAGAGGAGUUCUUGAACACGCUGAACCAGGAGAUCGGUUGCAGAGAUGUCCAUCAGUCCGGCUUCACGCUGUUCAGCGACGACCCGAUCGAGAAAGAUCUCGAGCACUUCAUCGAUCUGCAGGCGAAGCUGUGCGAUAUCAUCUCAAAGUGGGAGACCGCAUUGCGAGAGAAGGGCUCGGGGAAGUUCGAGAACACCAGAGUGAUACAAUUGACAUACAAGUCACGAUGCUAUUGGCGGCAGGCCGCUAAAAUGGAAACGGACAAAGAGAGGCUCCUCUUGUGUUACCAAGUGAAUCAGCAGGUCGUGCAGGGGAAGUUCCCAUUAAAUCGUGAGCUUGCCUUCGAACUCGCGUCGUUGAUGGCACAGAUCGACUUCGGGGAAUACAACAAUGACAAAGCGCGUGGCAGUGGCCCCGGAAGCAACCCGCAUCAUCUCGUCUUGCAAGCCCUGGAUAAAUUCUACCCGAUACGCUAUCGAACCAAUAUUACGGCCGAUCAAUUGAGAGAGUUGCAGGAGAAACUGCAGGACAAGUGGAUCGCAUUGAAAGGACGUAGUGUACUCGACUGUGUUCGAAUUUAUCUCACAUGCACCAGAAAGUGGCCUUUCUUCGGAGCUACCUUAUAUCAAGCAAAGCUGAAGCAAGCCGACUCUGUCACCGUUUGGAUAGCAGUUUCCGAGGACAGCGUGACGUUACUCGAAUUACAGACUAUGGCGGUCAUGUGUCGUUACAAUUACGCAAACAUAGUGACCUUCGGCGGUUGCUUGGACGAUUUCAUGCUCGUUGCCUGCCCAGACGAGGGUGCGGCUGAACAGAAACUGCUGUUCGCGCUUUCGAAACCUAAAAUCCUGGAGAUAACACUGCUAAUCGCAGACUACAUGAACGCGCUGGGCCACACAUUGCCGGGCACGCCGCAAAUGAAUACUCUGACGCGCAACGGAUCGCACCGUUCGAUCAAGUCCACCCUGAGACCUGCGACUGGUUCAAGCUGUCUUCCAACUCAACCCGAUAUUUUGAAGUCGACGCCGGAUCACCAAAGACCUUAAACGGAAAGGCUGGCUCACGUGUUAGUCUUCGAGAAGACGACGGCGAAUGUAUUUCCGGAAUUUGCGCAAAGGUCCGACUACGACGAGCAUUCUCUCUCCCUCGUUUGUGUCAUACAAAAUGAGCAGCGUAAAAAAUGUGCAGUAUUAAUAUCGUACACCGCGACGACGCCGUUCUUUUUCCUUUUUCCGCCGAAGAAAAAGAAAAACGCGCGUUUCGACUCAUCUUUGCGUUUCGUAUGUGCAUGUAAAUUAGUAUCGACGCUUGUAAGACCAUGUAUUUCCGUGUAAAUAUUCGACAAGAAGCGCGAACUGGACCGCAAAGUGAGCAAGGAUCGUGCAAGGAAACUAGAAGUCGUGGCUUAAAGAGUGGCGGAGUGAGAUCAAUCGGGAAUCGACCUGUUAACACUGCCUAAUUAGUGUGCGUUAACACAUCGAAUAGUUUCAUCCCGCGGCUAAGUAUCACGCUGAGACUUUUGCUACCGUAUUUAUAUACCAAAUU